AUGGCGUCCAACGGUUACCGCCAUCCCGACGAGGACAGCUCAGACGACGAGGACGAAACACCAACGAAGAAGCCGCUGCGCCUUGACAAAGACGCUCCCGGCUCGAGCUGUGUCCUCCGGAGCGAAACCGACAAGGCGGGCCUCGCCCCCGACGCGACGCCGAGGCUUCGCAGCGACUCCGUGAAGAAGAGCAGGCCUCCCUUCCCGUGGUUCGGCAUGGACAUCGGUGGCACGCUGGUGAAGCUGGUGUACUUUGAGCCCCGCGACAUCACGGCGGAGGAGGAGCAAGAGGAGGUGGAGAACCUGAAGAGCAUCCGCCGCUACCUGACGUCCAACACUGCCUACGGUGCCGCCGGCGUGCGGGACGUGCACCUGGAGCUGCGCGACCUGACACUGUGCGGCCGCACGGGCAGCCUGCACUUUAUCCGCUUCCCCACGCACGACCUGCCCGCCUUCCUGCAGAUGGGACGCCAAAAGCACUUCUCCAGCCUGCACACCGGCCUCUGCGCCACCGGCGGCGGCGCCUACAAAUUCGAGGCCGAUUUUCGCACGAUGGCGGACCUGCAGCUUCACAAACUGGACGAGUUGGACUGCCUGAUCCGCGGCGUGCUGUACCUGGACGCCGCCGUUUCGGCCGGCCCGUCCGAGUGCGAGUGUUACUACUUUGAGAACCCCGCCGAACCCGAUCGCUGCGUCCGGCGGCCCUAUGCGCUGGAGAACCCCUACCCGCUGCUGCUGGUCAACAUCGGCUCCGGCGUCAGCAUCCUCGCCGUUUACUCGCACGACCGCUACAAGCGCGUCACCGGGACCAGCCUGGGCGGGGGUACCUUCCUGGGCCUGUGCUGCCUGCUGACGGGCUGCUCCACCUUCGAGGAGGCUCUGGAGAUGGCCUCGCGGGGGGAGAGCACCCGUGCAGACAAACUGGUGCGAGACAUCUACGGCGGCGACUACGAGCGCUUCGGCCUACCCGGUUGGGCCGUGGCCUCCAGUUUCGGCAACAUGGUGUCCAAGGAAAAGCGCGAGGCGGUGUCCAAGGAAGACCUGGCCCGGGCAACGCUGGUCACCAUCACCAACAACAUCGGCUCCAUCACGCGCAUGUGUGCGCUAAACGAGAACAUUGAACGUGUGGUCUUCGUGGGCAACUUCCUACGUGUCAACACCUUAUCCAUGAAGCUUCUGGCCUAUGCCAUGGACUACUGGUCCAAAGGCCAACUCAAGGCGCUUUUCCUUCGCCACGAGGGUUACUUUGGAGCCGUGGGGGCGCUGCUAGAGCUUCUCAACCCCUCCUGA